CUCGAUCGAUUACUUUUUGAAAUAUUUAAAAUCAUUUAUCAUCAAUUAAUUAACGAUAUCUUAUUUUUACUAUUUCUUUUUUUUUUUUAUCAUAGAAUUAUUUUCAAAACAUUCUUACAAAACCGGUUAAAGAUCUUUUCUUGAUUGCGUUUUGCCAUCGUUCGAGUCUUCUGCUGAUUCGUGACUAGUGCCCCAACCUUACACGCGUAUCGUACAAAGAGGAGAUGGCCUGGAUGCCUUUUUUCGUCAUGUACCGUUAUUGUAGAAGAAGAACUUAGGUUCUGCGAACACGAAGCUAACGCUUAUUUCUCUUGUGUCCCUUCACGAGUGCCUGAUCGAAACGUUUUACCGAGGAGCUUUGAAUUCAUUACGAAUGACAUAUCUUCGUUCUUUUAACGUGUUUGUAUUUGUAAAAAUUAAUCGAUUCCACUCAGUAUAAUUCGUUCGGUCUGCGAAAUCGGUUCUUUCGUUUAUAACGUAUUCCUAUUGCACGUGCUUCUCGAGUCAAGGACGAGAAUCGACUUUGAACUACGUCAGGAACGUGUUGUGCUUCCUUUUUUUUCUUCUUCUUCUAUUUCUUAUCAUCGAAAGCGAUUAACGUGAGCCAAAUAUAAAAAAUGAAAGUGACAAUGACGUUAUCCGCUUUAAUAUUGAUAUGUUUGAGCAUCGUUCAGAUCGAAUGUCGAUCUAACAAUAAGAAAACGAAGCAAUUGUUGUUACAAAGUAAAGAAACCAAUCCGGCAAAUUUCAUAAGAUUGCUCGUGAUGAGACUCGUUUUUGGUGUAGCAACGUCGAUGGGAUUAGGUGAAAAUAUUUCUGGUGUUCUUGGAGGAAUAUUUGUGCCUCCUGGCGCGGAAGAUUAUUCCGAUUAUGCUGACGAUGAUCUGAUACCUGAUCUAUUCUAAGGAUUAUAUGAAUUUGAAAUGAUCUGCACUUUAACUGAAGAUAUAUGUAUAAUACAUUCUUUAUUUAAUUA